AUGAGUCUUGAGACCAUUACGGAGCGCAUGGCGGGAGAUGUCGGGGCGGCUCCAGGCAGUUGGGUGUUGUCUCUGACGGUGGUGGCGGUGUUGCUGGCAGCGGCUGGCACACUGUUUCACCUGUGGAUGCAGACUCGUCGAUACGUGAAGCUGGGCAAUUUGAUCCCGGGACCGGUUGCGUAUCCACUCGUUGGUAACGCGAACAUGCUGCUCGGCAAAACGCACAAUCAAAUCAUGGAGAAAGCGAUGGAACUGAGCUACGUGUAUGGAACCGUGGCACGUGGAUGGCUCGGCUAUCAUUUGGUCGUGUUCCUUACCGAGCCGGCUGACGUCGAGAUCAUCCUGAACAGCUACGUGCACCUCGAGAAGUCGAACGAGUACCGCUUCUUCAAGCCAUGGCUCGGAGAUGGACUGCUGAUCAGCUCAGGUGACAAGUGGAAGUCGCACCGCAAGCUGAUCGCUCCUGCCUUCCACCAGAACGUGCUGAAGACGUUUAUCGAUGUGUUCAACGACAACAGCCUGGCGGUGGUUGAACGCAUGUCGAAGGAGGUGGGUAAGGUGUUCGAUUGCCACGAUUACAUGAGCGAAGUGACGGUUGAUAUCCUGCUCGAGACGGCGAUGGGUUCCACGAGGACUGGCGAGAAUAAGGAAGGCUUCGAGUAUGCCAUGGCUGUCAUGAAAAUGUGUGACAUCCUUCACAAGCGCCAGCUGAAGAUCCACCUGCGAUUGGACCCACUGUUCAACUUGACGGGUGUCAAGAAGGAACAGGAACGCCUGCUGCAGAUCAUCCACGGACUCACGCGCAAGGUAGUGCGUGAGAAGAAGCAGUUGUUCGAGCGCCAGCUUGCUGAAGGCAGGUUGCCAUCACCCUCACUUACGGAGAUCAUCGGCAAGGAGGAAAAGCCUGGUGAAGGUGGUCUCGGAGGUUCUCCUGCCUUCAUCUCGCAGGGUUCAAUGCUGCGGGAUGAUUUGGAUGACAACGAUGAGAACGACAUUGGUGAGAAGCGUCGACUAGCCUUCCUGGACCUCAUGAUUGAGACGGCCAACAACGGAGCUAACAUCAGUGAUGAAGAAAUCAAGGAGGAAGUGGACACGAUCAUGUUCGAAGGUCACGACACAACGGCGGCUGGGUCAAGCUUCGUACUGUGCCUUCUCGGUAUUCACCAGAAUGUGCAAGACCAGGUGUACGCGGAGUUGCGCCAAAUCUUCGGUGACUCGAAGCGUAAGGCCACAUUCGGUGACACGCUCGAGAUGAAGUACCUGGAACGAGUGAUCUUUGAGACACUGCGCAUGUUCCCACCGGUGCCGAUGAUCGCGCGUAAGAUCAACGAAGAUGUGCAGCUGGCAUCGAAGAACUACACCAUCCCGGCGGGUACAACGGUCGUCAUCGGUACGUACAAGAUCCACCGACGCGAGGAUCUCUAUCCACAUCCUGAAACCUUCAACCCGGACAACUUCCUGCCCGAACGCACCCAAAACCGGCACUACUACAGCUACAUCCCGUUCAGCGCGGGCCCGCGAAGCUGCGUUGGUAGAAAGUACGCCAUGCUCAAGCUGAAGGUUCUACUUUCGACCAUCCUGCGGCACUAUCGCGUGGUGUCGAACCUCACCGAGAAGGACUUCAAGUUGCAGGCGGACAUCAUCCUGAAGCGCACGGACGGGUUCCAGAUUCAGCUGGAGCCGAGGGCAUGAUAAGAGACGUCGCGGACGUCCCCAGACAGGCCUCGAUGGCGACGGCAGCAGAAGAACCGAAGACCCGAAAGGCAGACGCGUUAAAACGUUCCCCUGCCGGCCAGGCCAGGACGAGGCGAACGCUUGCUAACCAUAAUCUCACUGCGUUAAGAGCUCAGACUACAUGGAAAUAAACGAAAGCGAAUC